CACUACAUUAGGCAAGGCAAGAAUUUCACGGCGAUAAAAUACAAUUCCAAGAAUCUUCCUUCCCCACUAAGUAAACAAGAAGAUCAACAAACAUAGGGAUCACCAAAACUUUAAAAAAAAAAAAAUUACUUUUAUUUUCCAUUUCUCUUUGGGGUUUUACUUUUAUGUGAAAAAAAAAAUUAAAACUCUCAAAUGGAAGAUAUAAUCUAUGUGAGCAGUGAUGAUGAUGAAUGGAACAAUCAAGAUUACAAUAAUAAUGAGUAUUAUUUUGAUGAUGAUGAUGUUGAUUAUGAUGAUGGUGAAUUUCUUGAAGUAGAGAGUAAUGGAAUUUGUGAAAAGGGUCCUUCAUGCAAGGUCAUCAGGAAAGAGUCCCUUUUAGCUGCACAGAAAGAAGACUUGCAAAGAGUGAUGGACUUGCUAUCUCUGAAGGAGCAUCAUGCACGAAGCUUGCUUAUUCAUUAUCGAUGGGAUGUCGACAAGGUCUUUGCGGUUCUUUUUGAGAGAGGGAGAGAAAAGUUAUAUGCUGAAGCGGGUGUGACACUGGAAGGAAAAGAUGAACAUACUUCCUCUCCGUCGACAACUGAAAUAACAUGUGAAAUUUGCUUCGAAGAUGUCCCUGCUGAGAAGUCUACUGUAAUGGACUGCAACCAUAGGUUUUGCAAUGAUUGUUGGACAAGUCAUUUCAUUGUAAAGAUAAAUGAGGGUAAGAGUAAACGAAUAACAUGCAUGGCCCAAAAGUGCAAUGCGAUAUGUGAUGAAGGAAAGAUUAGGGAUCUCGUCACUGCAAAAGAUCAUACUUUGGCAGAGAAAUUUGAUCGUUUUCUGUUAGAGUCAUAUAUUGAUGAUAACAAGAGGGUUAAAUGGUGCCCCAGUGUUCCUCAUUGUGGAAAUGCAAUUCGUAUUGAGGAUGAUGAUGAAUACUGUGAGGUUGAAUGUGCAUGUGGUGUACAGUUCUGUUUUAAUUGUUUAUCAGAAGCGCACUCGCCUUGUUCAUGUCUGAUGUGGAAACUUUGGAUGAGGAAGUGCCAGGACGAUUGGAAGACGGUAAUGUGGAUGAGUGAAAAUGCCAAACAUUGCCCAAAAUGUCAUAAUCCAGUGGAGAAGAAUGGGGGAUGUAACCUCGUAAGAUGUAGAUGUGGACAGCCAUUUUGUUGGUUGUGUGGAGGAGCUACUGGUUUACAACACACAUGGUCUAGCAUUCAAGGUCACACUUGUGGCAGUUACAAAGAAGGUGAAGACAAAAAGUCUACGACUGUCAGAAAUGAUCUCUUGCGCUAUACUCAUUAUUACGAGCGCUAUAUGGCUCAUCGUGAUUCAUUGAAGGUUGAAGCAAAUAUGAAGCAAAAGCUACAUGUAAAAGUGGUGAAACUUGAAGCAGGGGAAUCACAAUCAAAGGACUUCAGCUGGGCAGAAAAUGGUUUUAAUAGACUCCUUCAAUCAAGACGGAUUCUCUUCUGUUCCUAUCCAGUUUCAUUUUACGUCUUUGGAAAGCUACUGUUUGAGACCGAAAUGACGCCAAAAGAAAGGGAAAUAAAAAAGAACCUUUUUGAGAACCUGCAGCAGCAACUUGAAAUAAAUGUUGAAAGACUUUCGAUGUUCUUAGAAGAGCCAUUUGCUGACUAUCCUGAAGAUAAACUUUUGGAGACCAGAAUGAAGAUCAUCACUCUCUCUGCAGUAACAGAUAACCUCUGCAAAAAGUUGUAUGAUUGCAUCGACAACGAUUUGCUGGUUCCUCUACAGCAGGCAACUCAUACCAUAGCUCAUUAUAGAUCCAAGGGAGUGGAUAAAGCAUCAGAACUUCCUAAUUGACGCUCCAGUUAUGUUCUCAUUGUGAGCACUCGCAAUCAGAGGCAGGAAAACGAUGCGGGUUGCUUUCUUCAUAAGCGGAUUCAGAAUUUUUGCUAGAGGGGUUCGAAGUACUACUGCAUUCACUAUUCUUUUUGACACUUAAUAUGAAAAUAGUUUAGAUUUUUAACCAUAUAUAGUUCGAGUUGAAGACAAUGUGUUCACGUGCACACCUGCCAGAAGGUGGAUCCGCCUUUGGCUUUCGUUUGUGCACGUAUACUAAUAACUGACUGAAGAAUAAUGUUCUCAUAGUGAGCACUCUCAAUCAGAAGCUGGAAAACGAUGCAGGUUGCUUUCCUCAUAAGCGGAUUCAGAAUUUUUGCUAGAGUGUUUGAAGUACUACUGCAUCCACCAUUCUUUUUGA